UUGUUUUAUUUUAUUUUAUUUUAUUUUUAUUUUAUUUUUGGUUUUAUUUUUCUUCUUCACUAUUAUUAUUAUUAUUGGGUUAUCUGCUAACUUACCUGUUAUAACGACCCUCUCUCUGUCCAACCCUCUCUCCCGUUCUCUUGGUUACAGCAUAUCCUCCCCUCUCGCUGGCCUUGACAACUCCUAGACACCGCGUUUCAGACUUUGCUCUGGCAGUCUGGGCAUUCCAUCUGUCGUUCCCCUUUGCUGGGCUCCAUCACAACCAUCACAACCAUCACAAACCCCCCUCGUUGACUUGACACUCUAGCCUGUGUCUGGGUGUGUUUGGCAUUUGUGUCUCCUCUCUCCUCUCUCUUUUCUCCUCCCUCUCCUCCCUCCUCCCUUAGCCCUUCUCUCCCCCUCCCUCUUUAUCUUUUCCCUUUCCAGCUCAUUCGCCCAUUCUUCUGCUGCUCGUUGUUGUGGUUGUUGCUGGAUAGGCCAAGGUGGUGGGCACGCAUGAAGGGGUCUUCAUCUGUCCUUAGCUAGCCAUUGGACCGUCUUGAAUCUCUCAAAUUCAUAUCAUAACUAUUAGUCCCUUUUCCGAUCAACAUCUCAGUCCUACUAUUGCCGCAAUUCCACCGGUUCUCUGCGCGUCUGUCCGGCUGCGGAUAAGGGCCCCCCAUCGUCAGCCAAUCCCCAAUUCCUCAACAUCACCACCACCACCACCACCAAUUUCGAAUACACUCGUUAACCACCCGACUCCCCGACUCCCCGACUCCCCAAUUCAUCCAUUGUCUUUCUGUUAAGAGGCGUCGAGCUCCGUGCGGGAGCGAACCGCCAAAAUUCCCUCCAAUCCGUCGCGCGCCUCUUUCCUUGGGGGACGGGCCUUCGACUCGUCGGCUCGCCAUUCAACAACCGGCUUCCGUGCCAGAGAAGGUUAUAUCAAUUUCACCGAACCAGAGCCAAAGAUGUAUCGCCCAACCUCGCUCUGGACGUGGUCGUUCGUCAUUGUUGCUUGCGUGCAGGCUGCUAUCAUUCUGGGUUUUGAGUCAUAUGUUUUUGCUCGCUUCCAGUCCCAACUCAGAGGCAAUUGGAGCACCACAGCUACUUCCAGAACGAUCCCGACUUUCUUAACCCUCUACAUCUUCGGUUUUGUAUACGAGCUAGUUUUGACGUACGAUGCGCUUCGAAUGAAAAACACCAUCCAAGUCAUUGGACUAUGUAUUUGCAACGUUGGCUUGCUUAUAUACGGCGCUGUGCAAACGGACCAGAUCCGAGAGGCUAUCUUUGAGCUGAAUGCCGGCCAAAACAUUGACAGGGAAAUCUGGUCCGACUUAAAGCCGUUCCUUGUUGCCAUUCCUGUCAUCAUUGGUGUUGGGUCUUUGUGCAUGAGUUUCAUUGCCUGGAAACUAUACGAUGAAUUUGCCUGGACCAUUUAUAAACAUAUCAGCGCUGAUUUGCGAAUGAAGCGUCGAUAUCUAACAUACCAGAUCUAUAUCGCCCUUUUGAAAUUCGACUUUUUCUUCUUCCUCGGCUUUACCGUCCAGUUCAUCGUCAUCGUCACCGACAAGAAAGCAACCGAGUAUAUCCUCACUAUCAUAGCCAUCCCCGUCACCAUCCUCAUCCUCCUAGGCGCUGCCUGGUCCACCCGUCGGGAAAACACAUGGGGAAUGAUCAUCACCAUUCUCCUCUACCACGGCGGCCUAGCCUAUUUCCUCUUCAAGCUCGUGCGCAUGUACACCCCGCCGCGCAUGGACGCCUACAAGGCCGCUCGCACCUCCCUCACCUUCUUCACUGUCAUCACCAUCGUGCUGAUCAUCAUGACCAUCGUCAACGCGUGUAUCUGCACGCGCAACUUUAACAAGGGCUUGAAACCGCACUUGUCGACCCGGAGGGUCAUUAGUGAUGAUGAGAAGCCGAAUACAACGGAGUUGUCGUCGAAUCUGCAUGCGGGCGGACCGCUGCCGACGAGGAUGACGAUUGAUUAAGCUAGACGCUGGGGGUGCUGGACUUUUUUGCUUAGUUUUCUAACGCUUUACUGUUUUUUUCGGCCUUUUGUUUCCUUGGUUCCCUUUUUGUCAUGUGUGUGCCUGUUUAAGUUUUUUUUCUUCUAUGUAAACAGGCGUUUUUUUCGGUUUCUUUUGCUCAUUUCCCUUCCACUUUUUACUCCCAUCUUAUUGAUAUUUUCGUUUUUCGUUCUCUCUAUAUCUACUGAAUUGGUUGACUGGUUGAUUGGUUGGUUGAUUAAUUGAUUGGAUUGGAUUGGAUUGGAUUGGAUUGGAGCGGGUGAGCAGAGCGAGGCGAGUUGUUGAGUAUUUUGAAAACCCCUUCCUUACAAUCAUCUACGAACAAGACGAAAUCAUAACAGCAAAACAGCAAAAUAUUAUACCCCCCCCCUCCCCCCGCCCCCUUUGUAUCCACCAACAUUUAUUUAUCUAUAAUAAUGCCCCUCAAGCAAGCACCCAUUUUUGCUCAUGUCUCUCUCCCCCCCGUUUGAUUUGUUGCAGCAGAUACCCGAAGCGAGACAAAAGUGAAUUUGGUUCGAAUCUAGCUUAGCCACCUACCUACAGUACCUUGGUAUGGUGGAUUCCUCUCAGAGGGUGGAUCGUUAUGUGUAUAAAUAUUUUGGUUCCGUGUUA